ACGCGGAGCAGAGCGGUGCAGAAAGCGGACUGGAGCGGAAUUAUUUGGCCGCCGAUAACAGACCGCGUACGAAUUUCCAUGUGUUUUGAACGUACUUUUUGUUUUGUUUUGUGGCUAGUUGUUGUACGUGAUGAACGCGGUGAACUCAAACAUGCGGUCGAUUGUUUAAAUUUUCAAUGAAUGGCAGCGGUAGUUUUAAACAAUUCAAUGAAUUGAAUUGACUUGGCGCCGCCAUCGCAUUAACCCAUGACAACAGUUACCCACUUUGACACACCCACGAUGGGGACAGUCGCUUCAGAUUCAACGAUGGAAAAUGUGGAAACGGCGACCCAGUCCCAAACACAGGAUAAUCUGCGCAUAUUUUUGAAGCAUUUGUAUGCCGAGUGCGUGUACCGAUACAAGAAUGUCACAUACGAUGCGGCCGACCCAUCAGUUUCACUCGUGGCAGCAACAGACUACGAGUCGGAUUUGACGGAGAAUUUCAGCCCGGUGCCGCGAUAUCUUGAGGACGCUGUAUUGAACGAGGGCGCCAUUGAUAUGCGGAACGUGGACGAGGAGCUGGCGGAAAAGGAGGAGCUAAUGGCCACCGUCCUCAGUGCAACGAUGGCCACAAAUCAGCAGGAGCCGCUGCUCUUCUGCCCCUUGAACUUUGACGGAUAUCUGUGCUGGCCCCGGACGCCGGCAGGCACCGUGCUGAGUCAAUAUUGUCCCGACUUCGUAGAGGGAUUCAACAGCAAGUUUCUGGCCCACAAGACCUGCCUGGAGAACGGCUCCUGGUUCCGUCAUCCGGUAAGCAAUCAGACCUGGUCCAAUUACACCAACUGCGUGGACUACGAAGACCUGGAGUUUCGCCAGUUCAUCAACGAGCUGUACGUAAAAGGCUAUGCCCUCUCCCUGCUGGCCCUGCUCAUAUCGAUUAUUAUCUUCCUGGGCUUCAAAUCCCUGCGCUGCACCCGGAUUCGGAUUCAUGUUCACCUGUUCGCCUCGCUGGCCUGCACCUGUGUGGCCUGGAUUUUAUGGUACCGCCUGGUGGUGGAGCGAAACGAAACCAUAGCCGAGAAUCCGCUCUGGUGCAUUGGCUUGCAUCUGGUGGUGCACUAUUUCAUGUUGGUCAACUACUUCUGGAUGUUCUGUGAGGGUCUGCAUCUACACCUGGUGCUCGUUGUGGUCUUUGUCAAGGACACGAUUGUGAUGCGCUGGUUCAUUGUCAUCAGCUGGCUAUCGCCGAUUCCCGUUGCCAUUGUCUACGGAUUGGCCAGGCAUUUCAGCGGCCCGGAUAACAAACACUGCUGGAUAAAUGACAGCCUUUACCUGUGGAUCUUCUCGGUGCCCAUAACCCUCUCACUGCUGGCCAGCUUUAUUUUCCUGAUCAACGUGCUGCGGGUGAUCGUCCGGAAGCUGCAUCCCCAGUCCGCCCAACCUGCGCCCUUGGCCAUCCGCAAGGCGGUGCGGGCCACCAUUAUCCUGGUGCCGCUGUUCGGCCUGCAGCACUUCUUGUUGCCCUAUCGUCCGGAUGCGGGCACCCAGCUGGACCGCUUCUACCAGCUGCUCUCCGUCGUCCUGGUCAGCCUGCAAGGAUUCGUGGUCUCCUUCCUGUUCUGCUUCGCCAACCAUGACGUCACCUUCGCCAUCCGCACGCUGCUCAACAAGUGGCUGCCCCGACUGGUGACCGCUCCGCCGGCGGGGAGUAAUACCGGGCAGAUGGCCACGACCACGCCCAGCCGCGAGUUGGGCGUUUAAGGAGUACCACGCGAGGGUCGAUCGAAAUAUUGACCGUAUCGCCGAGCAAAGAUUUUGAACAGAGUUCAAGCAUAAGCAUUUCUUUUCAUUAUCCUUAAACAAAUAACGCUAUAUAAUUUUUUAUUUAAAGCAUUAUCACAAAAAACCAGAAAAAAGCUAGCUUCGGCAAGCCGAAAUUUAUAUAAU